ACGAGUAUAUAAAGAGCAAGCAAGCUCACAGCAGGCACUCGCAAGCACAACUCCACAUCGACUUCAUCAUGAACGCAUUCUUGGGCGUAGGGCUUCUGCUGGUGGUGGCGACCACGCUGGUGGCCGCCGGUGGUGGUGGAUACGGCGGCGGUGGGCAUGGUGGAGGUGGCUUUGGUGGUGGUCAUGGCGGUGGUGGCUUUGGUGGUGGGAAAGGAUUUGGAGGAGGUGGAUUCGGCGGGGGAGGAAAAGGUGGAUUCGGCGGGGGAGGAAAAGGUGGAUUCGGUGGGGGAGGAAAAGGUGGAUUCGGUGGUGGUCAUGGCGGUGGUGGUUACGGCGGCGGAGGUGGUGGUUUCGGCGGUGGAAAAGGAUUUGGAGGCGGCGGAGGACACGGAGGUGGAUUCGGUGGUGGUGGAUUUGGCAAAGGCGGCGGUGGUCAUGGUGGUGGAUUCAGCGGAGGCAAGGGAGGAUUUGGAGGUGGAGGAUUCGGUGGUGGCGGCGGCGGCUUUGGCAAAGGCCAUGGCGGUGGUGGAUUCGGUGGCGGCCAUGGUGGCGGCGGUUACGGCAAGUAAUUGCAUCUUGCGCGCCAACAAGGACAUCCCACGCAAAUCGGAUGAACUCGUUAAGAAAGAUCAUGAUAUCACCAAGGUUUCAUGGCUAAUACGAAUACAAGUACAGAAUGCACAGUAAAACCGACCUUCGCGAUAACUUUACUCUAAAAGUUUUUCAUUACAUCACAUCUGAGAUAACCGAGUCUGUUGGGGAAAAUUUGACGCGAAAAUGCCAAUUUUUUAGCUGCAACUUUGGAUAAGUUUCAUGUUCGGCGUAAAAAGUCAAAUUUGAGUCAACGGAUGAUGUAGAAAUCUGCAAUAAAACCUUGUAGUGAAUUAAUGAAUCUUUGGUGAAUGUGAUGUCUUGUACUUCCAAUACACCACAAUAAUUUACGAGUUCAGAGCUUUAGGGAGAAAACUCGGCACAACACGACUUCUUGUGAUACUUAUUAAUAAUGAAAUAAACUUUAUGUUUUUAA